AAUCGAGACUACCCUGAAGUUGACUGAAUGUCACAAUAUCGAUCAGCUUCCAUCUUGCUUCAAGUCGGUAAAUAGGAGAGAAAAAGGUCAGCUUUGCAGAUAAAUUUAUACUUCCGUGUGUCUUGAGUUCUUCGUACAGAAAUUAAAAAUGGCUGUGACCAGUGGAGUUUCCUUCAUCCUAUCUCUCAUCCUUACAAUAAUUCUAUUCUCCGGAAUGCAAAUGUACAAAGGAUGGCUAGCCUCCUCACAACUGCAUACGAUCCUUGGAGGAUACAUUGGAUCCGUGCUCUUCAUGCUAAUUCUCACAGCACUGGGGAAUCUUGAGUCAACAGUUUUUGGAAAAACUUUUCAGAUGAAACUUUUUCCAGAAGUUCUGAUUUCUCUGAUCGUCUCCAUGAUUGCUUCGGGACUGGUUCACCGAGUCUCUACGACAACCUGCUUCCUCUUCUCGAUGGUGGCACUCUAUUACAUAAACCGAAUUUCCCAGGAGACGUAUGCAACACCUAGCGCAGCAGCUACUUUACAUACGAAAAAGAGGAAGUAGUCCACGAAUCAUUCAUCAGCUCUCAUUCUAAAGUAACAACACAAAGAUUAUUGAAGAUAAUUCGUGAAGACUGUCGAAUUGAAAUAAACAGGAAUUAAUUGUUCAAAACGUCGACAGAUACUCAAAAGCGAAUAUUUUGUAAGUUAAAAUACUGGACAUUUUUACUCCGGCCGACGACUUCCAAAAAUAUUUUUGCAGUACUCUUUA